AUGGAGGCGCCGGGUGCUGCUGCUGCUGCCGGGCUGGCAGCAGCUUCGAGCGGGGUGUUUCUGUCGCACUUCGAGGAGCAGCAGGGGCCCCUGGACUCUGCAGCAGCAGGAGAUUACUUCCGAAGUUAUUUGGAAAGAGAAAAGAGCAGCAGCAAAAGAAUAAUCCACGAGAGAGAGCUGCCGCGGGGGCCCCCCCACCGCUUCGAGGGGGGCCCCCCGGGGCCCCUGGGCUUCGGGUACCCUUUUUCCGACGACAAGGACCCCGGAGUUGCUGCUGUUGCUGCAGCGCUCUUCGGCUGCAGCGCAGCUUUUGCUGCUGUUCCUCUUGCUGCACGGCCUGUUUUCAAGAAGAGACAAAAAGGAGAUUUAAAUUCCGAUUGGGCAAAUGCUUUUGUCACAAGAGUGGACCCUUGCGAAUGUGCUGCUCCCGAGGAAACCUUCACGCCCUUCGAGCUCGCCAGGUACCGCGACAACUAG